CGCUUGGUGAAGUUUCAUUGGAGGAGAAAGAAGAGGAGGAACUAAGGAGAACAUUGUCAGUUAGUGGUGUUGUCAAAAGUCAGUUAAUGAAUGGCCUCUGCACUGCUCAAUUUAGUGAUGAAGAUUUGAAACUGAAAUACUGCUACAAGGAUGAGGCACUUUCCAUUAUCCCUAGCAUUUCACUGCCUUCAAAUGCUUUAUCAUUUGCAUUCAAGCGUCGGUUCACUCCUUCGAAUAAGUUGAGCUACUGGUACAAUUUUGAUACUAACAACUGGAGUACUGUGUACAAGCACACCUAUGGGAAGGAUUUCAAGUUUAAAGCUGGCUAUGAUUCAGAGGUGCGUCUUGGCUGGGCAUCGCUUUGGGUAAGUAUUACUAUUUAUUAAGAUUUUCAACCGUUGUUUUUCUUAUUUGUCUUCAAUUGUAAUUAUAUCUCAACCUAUUGGGCAAGUGUCACAAUUUUUGCACCUCUGCAGUGACAGAGUCAAUGUUGAUGGGUCUUCUAUCUCUCAAUGAUAAUUUAAACUCAUUUCAAGCUU